UUGAGCUUUCGACAUCAAAAGCAGUCAUGAGAGUUCAUGAUCUUUCCCUCCUCUGUAUUUUAUCUCUAGUCACCCUUUUGGCUAGUGGCACUGAAAGUGCAUCACCAAGCGUGCACCCAAGUCAUGACUUUGCCGCAGCAUUUAAUAGGAGCCUUUUCCCUUCUGAUUUUCUAUUUGGAAUAGGUUCUUCUGCUUACCAGGCAGAAGGAGCUGCAAGUAUUGAUGGGAGGGGACCAAGUAUAUGGGACACCUUCACUAAACACCAUUCCGAAAAGAUCUGGGAUCAUAGCAGCGGCAAUGUAGGAGCUGACUUUUAUCAUCGAUAUAAGAAUGACAUAAAGGUAGUGAAAGAAAUGGGGCUGGAUUCAUUCAGAUUCUCCAUCUCAUGGUCCAGAAUAUUUCCAAAUGCACUUAUUGCUGCAGAGGGCAAGGGGAGAGUCAAUAAAUUGGGGGUUAAAUUCUACAACAAUCUCAUUAAUGAGAUCCUAUCCAAUGGCUUAACACCUUUUGUGACUCUCUUUCAUUGGGAUUUGCCACAAGUUCUUGAAGAUGAAUAUGGGGGAUUUCUCUCUCCUAAAGUAGUGGGGGAUUUUCAUGACUAUGCUGACGUUUGCUUUAAGACUUUUGGUGACCGUGUGAAGCAUUGGGUGACACUGAAUGAACCGUAUUCAUACACCAUCAAUGGUUACCAUGGUGGCACCUUUGCACCGGGUAGAUGUUCUAACUACGUUGGAAAUUGCACCUUCGGUGACUCAGCCACCGAGCCUUACAUUGUUGCCCACCAUUUGAUUCUUGCCCAUGCUGCAGCAGCCAAGUUGUAUAAGAACAAGUAUCAGGCUCAUCAAAAAGGAAAAAUUGGAAUCAGCUUAGUGACUCUCUUCUUUAUACCAAAGUCUAAUAAUGUUGCCGAUCGCGAGGCUGCAAGUCGAGCACUGGACUUUUUCCUUGGAUGGUUUGCUCAUCCCAUUACAUAUGGUGACUAUCCCAAGAGUAUGAGAUCUUUGGUGGGUUACAGACUCCCCAAAUUCACAAAACAACAGUCCCAAAGUCUCAAAGGUUCUUCUGAUUUUCUUGGUGUGAAUUAUUACACCACAUAUUUUGCUGAACAUAUUCCACCUACCAGCAUCAACAAGACCUAUUACAGGGAUAUGCAAGCCAAACUCAGUCCGUUGAGGAAUGGUCUGGCAAUUGGCACCCCGACAGCUUUGAACUGGCUAUUCGUAUAUCCAAAGGGAAUUCAUCAGCUUUUGAGGCACAUAAAGGACAAUUAUAAGAAUCCUCCAUUGUACAUCACUGAAAAUGGCAUUGCUGAAGUAAGGAAUGAUUCAAUACCAAUCAAUGAAGCCCGAAAGGACAGUAUCAGGAUUAGAUACCAUGACAGCCAUCUCAAAUCCCUUCUGGAAGCAAUUAAAGAUGGUGUUAACUUGAAGGGCUACUAUGCAUGGUCAUUUUCUGAUAGCUAUGAAUGGGAUGCUGGUUAUACAGUUCGAUUUGGCCUCAUAUAUGUGGAUUACAAGAACAAUUUGAGAAGAUACCCCAAGUACUCUGCUUUUUGGCUGAAAAAGUUCCUUCUCAAGUGACUCAGUUUUAUUGUUAAUUAAGUAUCCUUUGAUGUCAAAUAAAGUCAUUAGUGGCUAAUGGCAUGUUGAUCGAAGUGACUAAACUCAGGUAUUCUGGUGUUGUAAUAUGACCUCUUGUCAAGUGUCCCAAUUUAUCGUACUAUUAAUAAAAGAUGAUGUUGUGUGUUAA